AUGUCGUUAUAUGAAUACAAGCACCCGAUCAUCAAUAAGGAUCUGGCUGCGCCAGAUCCUGUGAGUGCGCAGAAACGGUCUUUCCCCACGUUAGAGGCGUGGUACGAUGUAAUUAACGAUUAUGAGUUUCAAUCGAGAUGUCCUAUUAUUUUGAAGAAUUCACAUAAGAAUAAACAUUUCACUUUCGCGUGCCAUUUGAAAAGUUGUCCGUUCAAGAUUUUGUUGUCGUAUCAGGGCGCCAACAAUUCUGGUUCGUCUGAGGAUGGUUCUCCGCAUGGUUUAAGUGGCGAUGGUGGUUCUUCGUCGUCUGGUUCGAAUCACCAUAAUGGUCAUACGAAUUUGGCCGAAGAUGGUAGAGCGGAGGAUGAGGACGAUGAUGAGGAUGAUGAUGCGGCUGUGACUGCUGCUAUCGCAGCGGCAGUUGCAGCAGUUGCAGACUCUCAGGAGACUAUCAAGGGUCCCUUCGUGGUAACCAAGAUUGAACCUUAUCAUAACCAUCCGUUGGAAUCAAACCUUUCUUUGCAACGGUUUGUCUUGAGUAAAAUUCCAAAGAUUUUACAAGUUGAUCUCAAAUUCGACGCUAUUCUAGAGUCGUUGUGUAACGAUGACGAUAAUACAGUGGCAAAGUUUAGAGUGGCACAGUACGUGGAAGAAUCCGGGAUUCUCGAUAUCAUCAAGCAACGGUACGGGUUGACCGAAGCUGAAAUGGAUAAGAAAAUGUUAAGUAACAUCGCUAGACGUGUUACCACGUAUAAGGCCAGAUUCGUCUUGAAAAGAAAGAAGGAUGGCGUAUACGCAAUGCCCACCGCUCAUCAAUUGACUGGCGGUGACCACCAUCAAGUACAACACCAUCAUCAUCCAUCGAUACCAGCUCACCACCAACACCAACUACCCGAAGGUCAACAACGCGACGUUCAGCAUCAUCACCAACAGCAACAGCAACAACUACAACACCAGGAACAACACCAAUCACAUGUUGAUAGUGGACAUAAUGUAUAUCAGAACAGAAUUGGUUCGAUCAGUGAUAAUGAUGAUUCCGCUAUACAUAAUCUGGAUGACACUAACGUACGUGUCGCAGCUGCUGCAGCUGCCGCUGCAGCGGCUCUGCAGUCUAGAGAAAACCACGAUACCGAGGAUCUGAAACGUACGCUAGAACAAGUGCAAGACGAUGAAAGUUUAGACGUCGGUGUACCCGAUUCCAAGAGACAGCUCCACAGAAGAGAAAGAGACAGAGUCGCGGAAGCUCUUAAAAUGGCUACCAGAGAUAUCCUGUCAAAUCAAAGUGUUGAUUCUGACGUGAACGUCGAUGUCGAUUUAGUCACUGGCCAUAAACAAUUAUCACCUCAUGACGACAUGGCGGAGCAGCUAAGGUUGUUGUCAUCUCAUUUGAAGGAAGUUGAAGCCGAGGAAAAUGUCUCCGAUAAUAAUCUCAAGAAAGACGAUAUUCCUGAUGAAAAUAUUCAGCCGGAACUAAGAGGACAAUAA